AUGGAGAGGAAUCCAACCCACCAAUACCGAGAGGGCCACGUCCGAGAUCAAGAGCGAGGAGUCGAGGCGGAGAUCGUCACGAAUCAAUGCCGAGAGGGUCUCGUCCAAGAUCAAGAGCGAGGAGCCAAGGGGGAGAUCGUCAAGGGGGAGAUCGUCGUGAAGCCCGAAGAGUAGCUAGGCCAAGAAGGCGAUCAGUUGCAGCGAACGUUGAACGAAGGAGACCACGUUCCAUGGAGUCAAAUUCGGAUGGCUGGUCAAGUGAAACAGAUGAUGAACAUCCGCCGUUAGAAGGCAAAAGCAAAGACAACCCAAACAGGAACUGGCAUCAAGAAGUGGAAUCUCUGCGUCGCCACAAUGCAUUCUUGGCGCAAGAGAGGGAUGCUCAAGAAACCGCGAUCGCGAACCAGAAUAGCCAGCUACAAGCAUCGCUUGAGGAAGCCGCUACUGCAAAAGAAAAAAUUCAACACGAAAGAUUCAAGUUACAGGCUUUGGUGGGAGACAUUACGAGGUUGAAACGAGAGUCGCAACAUGCAGAGACUCAUCUGAUGAGGCACACUCAGCAACUUGAGGCUGAGCUUGAGCGUUACAAGAUUGACAAUUUGCAAGCAUCAGAAAUCCAGAAGAACCUUGAAUCAAAAGUGAAUGACCUCAGCGCCGCAAAAGACGCUUUGUCAAAAUGCAUGGAUCUCCCUGCCGACGAGUUACGCCAAGAAAACGUUCGGCUUGAGGAGGAGCUUCAGGCUAGAGUUUUGAAACUCGAUGAACAGCAACAGGAACUUGGAAAAUUCCAAUUAGACAAAGAGCUCACAGACAAGGCCCUAAACGAUUUAGAAAAAGCCAAAGAUUCGGCUGACCAAGAGCGAACUCAGAUAGAACAACGAAUGGCCGAGUUGCAAGCUAGCACGGCCGAGAUGAGCCGGCAGAAAAACACCCUGCAACAGAAAUACGACGCUAUAAAAGCAAAAACAGCUUCACUUGAUCAAGACAAUAUCGGUUUGAAAGCUUGCGUUGAAGAACUACGAAAUGCCAAGGACAGUCUAAACCACAAAUACGAUACUAUGAAAGCGGGAAAGGCUUCAGUCGAUCAAGAAAGUAUCAACUUAAAAGCUUGCGUUGAAGAUUUAAGAAAUACCAAGAACAGUCUGAAAUAUAAAUACGACACUUUGAAAGCAGGAAAGGCUUCAGUUGAUGAAGAGAAUAUCGGAUUGAAGGCUUGCAUUGAAGAUUUACGAAAUGCCAAGAACAGCCUAUAUCGCGAGAACACUCAAAUGACGAAGGAAAUUGCGAGUUAUAGUCUCGAAAAGAGAAAUCUGGAAAAGGCUUUUGAAGCACUCGAUAAUGACACAAAGGCUGAACUCCAAGAAGCAAAAAAUGCCCUCGAAGCCGAAAGAGCCCAUGCUGGACGCGAAAAGACCACUCUAAGCAACAAGCUGACGGCGGCAAAUGAUGAAAAUCUCAAGCUCAAAAACGACCUUCAAACAAUGAAGUCUCACCAGGCACGCGUUGAUCAUCAAGGUAACGAUUCAAAAUCUAUACUGGAACUCGCAAACAAUAAGAUUCGUUCACUGGAGCUCCAAAACAGUGAGCUGUCUAGCAAAAUCGCAUCCCUAAAUGCCAGUCAUCUUCAAAAGGACAGGGCCUUCGUAGCGUUACAGGCAAACAAGGCGCAGCUGGAUAGUGAGAAACUCUCUUUGUCUCAAAAACUCACCACGCUUAACAGCACACUCGAGUCUGUGAAAGCUCAAUCCCAACAAGCCACAGACGCGUUACGGAAAGAAAUGGAAGAAGAGCGCCGGCUAUCAGAAGCCAAAGUGACAGAAGCCACACAGGCUGUUGGGGGCGACCAUCACACCGCCCGAACAGUCAUUUUUCAUAAGACCCUCUCCCAGGCGCAGACCUCUCAGGAUAUUUCAGAGAUUCCUGGGGCCAGUCGCUUCAUGGAACUAUGCACAUUGUCCUCACUGACUAAUCAGUGUCUUGACCUUCCUUUGAGCACUAAGAAUGCUCAUAAACUAGGGAAAAGCAUUCGAGGCAAUGAGAUGGCCAUUGUUGGCUGCAGUGUAUGCCAGCUUCCCAAGCUGACACGCACUAACCAAGCCCCCAGACUGAGGGUUGAUGAGCUGGGACAGAAAACGCAGUGCUGUUCUGCUAGAAUAUGUAAAUCAUGCGCUCUGGAUGGAGUUGUUCGGUCACUCCUCCAUGACUACUGGUUCAACUUGGAGAAGAGUGUCUGGGUAAAGUGCCCAUCAGGUAACUGCGACGCGUCCUUGAACAUCAGAGGAAGGAACCAACUUGAGGCCACGCUUCAGCAUCUGGGAGAUCUAAACGUCACCAAGCACAUGGCAGCGUAAGUUGCUCACCUUAAGCCCAUACAUCGCCCGGCCAUGGCUAACCUAUUACUCUAGAUACGAUCGCAUUAAAACCUUAAGAGACACACUGAAAGGUCUAAGCCCAAAAGGCCUGGACGGCCAGGGUCUCAAGGUUUCCUCAGAAUUGUACUUCCAACUUAUCUCAAUGGGCCGUAUGCACAACAUUGCAGAUCUUCCUCCCAACUCGAUCCUGUCCAGGGAGGAUAUGCCGAGUUUCGACCCCGCCGAAACGAAAUUGAUAAGUGUCGAGCACCAAGGUGCUACUCUUGAAGUGGCCUUUCUUAUGGGAUUUAUACGCAAGAAAAGAAUCCCUAAAGAGUGUGCUUACUGUGUAGAGAAAAUCUACGACAUAGAGACAGGUGCCGGUCGGAUAUGGAACUGGGUUGAGGAUUGCUCCGGUUUCAACGGAGACUGGAUGUGGGAGGUGCUAAAGUUCCCACUGAAGCUUGCAACAGAGUGCAACCAUGAUCUGAAUUUCUGUACCGAAUGCCUACAGAACCAUCUCAGGGCUCAGCUACAGGAAUUUGGGCGGGCAAAAUGUGA